UCACCCGCUGUCCGCCAUUUUGUUUCGCCGGUUUUAAAAUUUACUCUAAAAAUUUGUCACAAAAAGACUAGUUUAAUUUCUCGAUGGCGUCUGACAGUAAAACAGAACAUCCUGCCUUAGGACAGUCACAUUUAUCUAARCAAGAUAUAUCAAAACUGAAUGUAGAAGAACUGAAUCCUUUAACUCCAGAUGUUAUAAGCAGACAAGCAACUAUUAAUAUCGGUACCAUUGGUCAUGUAGCCCAUGGAAAGUCAACUGUUGUCAAAGCUCUGUCUGGAGUCCAGACGGUCAGAUUUAAAAAYGAAUUAGAAAGAAAUAUCACAAUCAAAUUAGGAUAUGCAAAUGCUAAGAUUUACAAAUGUGAUCAUCCUAGCUGUCCCAAACCAGGCUGUUAUCGGUCUGCUGGUAGUGCAAAGGAGGAUGUCUUCCCAUGUGAGAGAUCUGGCUGCCCUGGAAAAUUUAGACUCAUGAGGCAUGUAUCAUUUGUUGAUUGCCCUGGUCACGAUAUUCUUAUGGCAACAAUGUUAAACGGAGCAGCUGUAAUGGACGCUGCACUUUUAUUGAUUGCUGGCAAUGAGUCAUGCCCCCAGCCACAGACAUCAGAACACUUGGCGGCUAUAGAAAUUAUGAAGCUAAAGCACAUUCUGAUUCUACAAAAUAAGAUUGAUUUAGUCAAGGAGACACAGGCUAAGGAUCAGUAUGACCAGAUCCUUAAAUUUGUGCAAGGUACGAUUGCCGAAGGAGCACCAGUCAUACCRAUAUCAGCACAACUCAAGUACAACAUUGAAGUGAUUUGUGAAUAUAUCUGUAGGAAUAUACCUGUGCCCGUAAGGGACUUUACGUCGCAACCUAGGCUUAUAGUUAUCAGAUCGUUUGAUGUCAACAAACCAGGCUGUGAAGUAGAUGAUUUAAAGGGAGGUGUUGCUGGUGGAAGUAUCCUGCGAGGAGUACUAAAGGUGUGGGAACCAAGAUUGAUCCUACCCUUUGCAGAGCUGAUAGGAUGGUUGGACAAGUGCUUGGAGCUGUUGGGGCUUUGCCUGAGAUCUACACUGAGCUUGAGAUCAGUUACUUCCUGUUAAGAAGACUGCUGGGCGUGAGAACUGAGGGAGAUAAGAAGGGUGCUAAGGUAACAAAACUGACCAAGAAUGAAGUAUUGACGGUCAACAUAGGAUCACUGUCUACUGGUGGUCGUGUUCUUGCUGUUAAAGCAGAUUUAGCCAAGAUUAUCCUGACCCAGCCUGUCUGCACAGAAAUUGGAGAAAAGAUUGCAUUGAGUAGACGAGUGGAAAAACAUUGGAGGUUGAUUGGAUGGGGACAAAUUCGACGUGGAGUGACAAUCAAACCAGAAUCUUAACCUUAUCACACCUGUCUAGAGAUGCAUAUAAACGAACAAAACCGAUGCUGGUCCAUAAUGCACUGCGAAAAAAAAAAGACAAUUGAAAGAAUUUCUAGAAUCUGUUGUACAAUAUUUUGUCGUGCACGCCUCCGCUCGUUACCUAAUAGCCAUUCUGAGGUUGAGAAAAUAGCUGAGUGGAGUUGGAAUUGCAGUGCAUUGUGGGGCUGUUUUGCGGGGCGAAGUAGAAGACGGCUUGCAAAUGUCUCCUUAAUGUCCCAUAAUGCUUUGUAAUUCCAACUCCGCCCAGUUUUUUUUUCGACCGGAAUGGAUAAUAUCAUACGUUAAAAAAUAUGUUAACUGUAUGGAAUCGGUGUCGAUUCUGCCCAUGCAUUUAGUCCACCAGGAAUAGUGACGUCAUUUUCAAUACCUUUACCAUUAAAAGCCAAGUCUAAAUAUCUCACAAUCCCCAGGGCCCAGUUGUACGAAGCCUGGAUAACGCUAUCCGGCGGAUAAAUCCUUAUCCAGUAGAUAAGUUGAUGCUGUUAUCCAAUAAAUUUAGCUACUGGAUAAGAUUUAUCCGUCGGAUAGCGCCGGUAUUCAGGCUUCGUACAACAGGGCCCAGGUGAUACAGUAAUGAUGGAUGAUAGACUUGAAGAUUUUCAUUAGAAAGACAAUAAUCUCUGAUUCUCUCUUGAGAAACACCUGCCAGCUUUUGGUGUGUGAGUAUCUGGGUAAUAGACCAACUCGGCUAACAAAUUGUUUUACAAAUCUACUGGAUUACUUUUCUUGGUAUACUCUAUUUGCAUAUCAUAUCCAUAUCAGUGCUUCAAUGACAUGUGAAUAUAAUAAACAAAGAUUUGAAUUGGGUAAAACAUGCCGAACCCGAAAUGCUCUAUUCACGAUGUGAAUCCAAUCAGCGAAAGGUCACAAUGAUAUGAAAUGUUCCUAAACUUUGUCUGCACGUUUUUCUGGCAUAAUACACUAUUAUCUGUGAUGACAUUAUUUGCAUAUGAAUAUAAUGCAUUUCAAGCUUAGGCCCCGUCCACACGUACCCGGAAAUUUUUGUAUCCGUAUCCGGAAAUUUUCGAAAACGGUCUCUAGAGUGGAAAUUUUCGAAUACGGAUACGUGUGGACGGUCGUAUCUGUAAAUAUUUGGAAUACGAUGACGUCAACACGAUUUUGCGCAUGAUCAAUAAGAAAAACUAUCCGUAAAAGGGACUAUGCAUUAGCGUGCAUGAGGGCGGAUCAUGAAAUUUCUGGAUACGUGUGGACAGUGAAAACCAUUCAAAUACGCUGCGUGUGGUCGCAAACAUUUUCAUAUCCGCAAAAAAAAAAAAAAAAAUUGCGGACGGGGCCUUAGUAAGCAAACUGCAAGAUGGAACAAAACCUUCACUUAGUAAACCCUUUUUGAAAGAGCUGUAUAAGAUUGUGUAAAAGAAAACUAAACAUUAAAUGGAUACUGGUCAACAAA